CCGCUGGAGGAGGAGCACUGUAGGGGCUCGGGGGCGAGGUGUCCCUGCCAGGGGAAGCCCUGAGCGGCAGGGCGGUGGUUUUGAGGUAGGGUUUUGGGGAGAGGAAGCAAGAGCCAUUUCCUGCCUUCUGCAGAGACCCUCCUCUGAGGGCCGCCCCCACCAGUUGCCCAAUAGUGACACUCUCCUCCGCCCCCUACUCCCCACCCCACCCCUGGCUGGCUCCUAUUUCACCAGCUCCUGCAGUGACAGCUGGAGGGCCCUGGAGAUGAAGUUCCCGGCUCCCCACCCUGGUCUUCCACUCUCCACCCUCUCCCCAGAGAAUCCAUUGAUUCUUGACGUCCCCAGGGUCCGUGGCCUGAUCCCCCAGGAGCAGCUACCCUGGGUUGCCAUGAGAGAGACCUUUGAGGCCCUCAGCUCCCUGGGGUUCUCUGUGGGACAGCCAGAGAUGGCCCCCCAAAGUGAGCCUGGGGAAGGAUCCCAUGAUACCCAGGAGGAGAUGUCCCCUCCCAGGGAAGACAGCGUGCUGGGCACAUGCUCAGGGCAUGAGGCCCCGAGACCAGAGGAAGGUGCCCAGGUUGACGAAGCUGAAGACCCCUGCAGAGGAGACCAGAAGGCUGAGCCCCCCAGCUCCUGUCCAGGGGAUGAGUGGAUGAUUCGGAAGGUGAAGGUGGAGGAGGAGGAUCAGGAGGCGGAAGAAGAGGUCGAAUGGCCGCAGCAUCUCUCGUUGCUACCCGGCCCUUUCCCCGCUACGGACUUGGGGCCUCUGGCUGCCGCGUACAAGCUGGAGCCGGGGACCCCCGGGACGCUGGGGGGACUGGCGCUGGUCGGGUGGGCCCCGACCUCGGAGAAGCCCUACGGCUGCGGGGAGUGCGAGCGGCGGUUUCGGGACCAGCUGACCCUGCGGCUGCACCAGAGGCUGCACCGCGGCGAGGGCCCCUGCGCCUGCCCGGACUGCGGCCGCAGCUUCGCGCAGCGCGCCCACAUGCUGCUGCACCAGCGCAGCCACCGCGGCGAGCGGCCCUUCCCCUGCUCCGAGUGCGACAAGCGCUUCAGCAAGAAGGCCCACCUGACCCGCCACCUGCGCACGCACACCGGCGAGCGGCCCUACCCGUGCGCCGAGUGCGGCAAGCGCUUCAGCCAAAAGAUCCACCUGGGCUCGCACCAGAAGACGCACACGGGCGAGCGGCCCUACCCCUGCCCCGAGUGCGAGAAGCGCUUCCGCAAGAAGACGCACCUGAUCCGCCACCAGCGCAUCCACACCGGCGAGCGGCCCUACCAGUGCGCGCAGUGCUCGCGCAGCUUCACGCACAAGCAGCACCUGGUGCGGCAUCAGAGGGUGCACGAGGCGGCCGGCCGCGCCCCGGCCUCGCCCGACGCGCCCGCCUCGCCCAACAUGGUCGCGCACUCGAGAGCGCACAGCGGCGCCAGGCCUUUCGCCUGCGCGCAGUGCGGCCGCCGCUUCAGCCGCAAGUCGCACCUGGGCCGCCACCAGGCGGUGCACACGGGCAGCCGGCCCCAUGCCUGCGCCGUCUGCGCCCGCAGCUUCAGCUCCAAGACCAACCUGGUGCGCCACCAGGCCAUCCACACGGGCUCCCGCCCCUUCUCCUGCCCGCAGUGCGGCAAGAGCUUCAGCCGCAAGACCCACCUGGUGCGCCACCAGCGCAUCCACGGCGAGGCCGCCCACCCGGCCCCCGACGCCGACCUCUCGGCCCCAGCCUGGCCCGCUCCCCCAGAGGUGGCCGCGCCCCCGCUCUUCUUCUGAGCCUGGCUCUCGUGGGGACCCUUCCUUGGCUCGCUGGGGGGAGAGACGCACGCCGGAGAUCUGGGCAGUGAGCGCGGCGUCCUGCGUGGCCCCGACGGCUGUUCUUCCCUCACCUUGCCCGAGAGAAGUCAGGAAAGGGUAACCGGCUUGGACACUCUGUGACAGAGACAAUGCUAAGAAUGAAGUUCAGGCCUGAGUCCUGGGAAGACGCCCACCAGGAGAGCCCAUCGGAAAGCAUACAUUUCUUGGACACCCCCUGCACACACGCGCACACACACGGCUAAGAGCUGACUGGGUCAGGAGCUUGGGAGUGGGCGAAAGAAUGGUUAUUUGUGUCCUUAAAGUGUCACUAAAAUUAAAACCGGAAGGAUCCGGGGCUGUUAAAUGAGCUCGGGGUGGGACUCCUGACUGUUCUCUCCAUCGCCCCCUCUUCCUCCUCCCACAGACACGCCCCCUUCCCAUCCCGGGUGAGCCGGAUGUAGCCAGGUGCUGGCAAUGGGCUGUCCCAAAUGAAAAUACAGUAUCGCUCACUGCUGAACCACUAA